UGCAAAUGUCAUUUUAUUCUGGCCAAGAAAAAGAUAUUUGGAUAAGUAAUUUUAGUUUGUAGACGGAAUAUUAAGAAUUGAAUAAAUAAAACUAUAUCUUUCUAAUUUGUAGACGGAAGCCGUCGGAUCAUUCAUCUAUUUACUAGUCUUAAUCUAAUUACCUACUGUGUUAUUUGGUUUUGAGGGUAUUUUUGAAACACUAUUUGGAAUAUGUGCGCUGCAAAGAAUUAAGAAAUUAUGGCCAAAAGAGCUAAUCCAUUUAUUGAGGAUUUCGUACCGCAAAGCAAAAUACAUGUAGGAAUUAAACAGUUCAACAACAACGAAGAUAGAUUGCAGAAAGUAUACGAAAAAACAUUAGAGCUGUUGUUCCGCGGCGCAAAGAAGCCCACCGCGCACGUGGCACCCAUCGUCGCCAGUGCAGAUGAAUACGCUCCACACAAAAAAGACAAAAUGAAACAACUCUGCAUUGGAAGGAACGGAAUGUUGUCACGGCAGUGGACUAUACCGGAGCAAAAAUGUCAGCUAGGUGUCGGUGAGUGUCAUUGUGCCUGUGGCGGCAUGCUUAUAGAGGCCCGCUGUGAGUACUGUGAGACUGGACUAUGUGCAAGCUGCAGAUUCUGCUGCACCACUUGCAGAGGCAACUACUGCUCCUCAUGCACUCUAACUGGGUGUGAAGCAACAGCUGUUUGUGUGUCAUGUUACAAUUAGUUGAAUUUAGAGCCCUCUAGAAGAAAAAAUAAUAGUAAUAAUUGUUAUAAUUAAAUUAGAAGACUGUUACGUAAUUUUAGACCUUAACCUGCCUAAAUAUAAGCAUUUGAUGCAAGAACUUGAUUAUGGUAUUUGGUAGUAAAAGUAAUUGAAAAUAAAAACAGUGUAGUAACUU